AUGGCAGAGCUGAAGGAAUUUGACGUCGUGCGCGUCGCGCGAAGUGAUGGCGCAGAUACCGGCCCAGGGUACUGGCCAAUAACGGCGCCGGCGCCAGCGCCCAAGAAGACUGCCAAGGAGGCAACGGACAAGAUACCCAGAGCAAAGCCGCAAAUGAUACGCCUAGCUGAAGAUGAUCCUCGUUUGGUUGAAUGGAAAGUGAAACUCGGAAUUAUUCUCAAGAUGGAACUGUCACCCACCCCUGAUGAAGGCAAUCCUUGGUUUGUAGAAUUUCCCCGGGGAUACUGGCCAUAUGAAAAAUCGAAGCAUAUCUGGGUGUCUGGGUACCCAGUCAAAUCGAAGUUGUUCAAGACCCCCCAAGAGUUUGCGGCACAUCUGAUAUGGCUCCUCUCAUCGUCAAAGGAAUACAAAGAUUGCUGCUGCGUUCACUGCAACUCAAUCAACAUGGCAAAAGUCGCCACAGCCAUGGACGAGAUAGCUAGCAAUACACCGACGCUACCGCCAGCGAAGCCGGAGAAGGCACAACCUAAAGUGACGCCCGUGCCAUUACCGACGAUCCCUGGACAACCUGCGACUAGACAGCCGGAAUUAGUGCCCAAGGCGCAACCGGCGCAGGCCCAAUCACAUACAAAGGCUGCAGCUCAAGUACAGGCCCAAGCAGUAGCGCAACAAGAACAACUCCAACACCAACGGGCGGAGCAGCAGGCACGGCAACAAGCACACCUGGCAAGCCAGCAGCAGGCGCAACAGCAGCGCAGCGUGGGCUGGUCGCUACAAUCGCCGUUUCUCUUCCGCGUGGGAGAGCUUGUGUGGUACCAAAUAGGAAACACAUGGCGUCUGGGUGUCAUUGCCGCACAGAACCCUCAGCAGCCUGGGGCCCACGAAUUGCUACCCCUAGGCAAUGCCCUCAUCCCACAGUCAAACGUCGCCAAGCAUGAUAAGGACAUGCGGCCUUUUCAAGCAUUUAGUGUGCCGCCGGUGUCUAUUCCGGACAUGCGUGACAAGAUAUUCGAUGAGGUGCCGUGGGUCGAAAAGUUUCGCGAGUUUGGCGCAAAUCCUUCGAAGCGCGAGUUUCUUUUGCUUGACGCAUCAAAAAUGGCGGCAUCCAAAGUCGACUGGUCCUACUCGCUGUGGUCACCCAUGUCGGAGGACUUGCAAGCCAAGACAAUCACCUAUUACGGCUGCUUCCUCGGCGCGGAGCGCAUCGAGGUGGGCGACUGCUUAAGGGUACGAAACCUGCCCGCGGAGCUCAAUAUUGUGUCCGAGGACAUGGUUGUCAUGGGUCUACGAUCCAUCUACACGUCCAGCGACCUUCCGGGCGCCGUCUUCUUUCGCGGCACCCUCUACCAGCGCGCCGACCCGGGCGCCGACCCCUCGACGCUCGUCCCCGUGGAUCAGCUGCCCGUCGUCUUGCGGGAUGAGUCGCAUUGGAGGAAAGCGGUACAACCUGGGACCUUUUACGGAUGGGUCGUGGUGGGUGGCGAUGGCGUCCGCCUCAAGGAGAAGUCGAUCCGGGGCCGCUUCUACCCGACGCAUCGCGUUAUGCCCUUACUCAACGCGCCUGUGUUCGAGGCCGCCGUGGCGCGCCGCCAGAUUGAGGACCAGCACCCCUACCUGAACAGCCGCAUGGACGGCAUUGGACGGUACCUGGGCCGCCAGGUCAACAGGUUGGAGACGCUGGGCGGGAGCGUACCGGCAGGCGCUAGGCUCGCCUUUGAACAUUUUGUGCGCGAGGAAAUCAGACGAAUGUGA